AUGUUCCUCCAGCUAUAUACGCUGGACGAUGAUUCUGCCCAGAUCAAGUGGACUUCCAUCGAGAUGGAGUGGAAGGAAGAUUUGCAAGUUUCCUUCCCGAAACCAUUCGACUUGGCCCGUUUCCUGGCAGCUACCAUGACAUUCAUGUCAACUGUGGAAAAAGCACGUACCCAGCCCGAUUCGUGUUCCCAAAGAUAUGGUGCCGAGGAGCAAGGAGGGCAUGAUGAAUAUCAAGGGAGUCUCAGUACCCAAGAAAUUACCGUUGAACUCACGGAUUGUGCACGCACCGUAGGAACGAAGCUAAAGAAACGUGCUGAUGCGUCGCAGGGUCAAAGUACAGCGCAGACGACUGGUAUUGGUGGACACAUGUCUGGUCGAUUUAUUCCCACUGCGGAACGAGGAUCCAUUGAUCUAACAAACGGUCACAUCGCAAAGUGGAAUGAAGAACUCCUGUUUCAACGGUUUGGCUCCCUUGGCUCCAGUCAGACGAUGCUCUUCCUCCAGACACCAUCCCAUUUUCAUUUACCAGGCCUCUCGAUCGACAACACAUUUCUUAUUAAUUUGUCGACGAUGCCCCAUCUAAAGCAACGGCACGCUCGUUGUCCUCAUCUCAUACACCUACACCUACAUUAUGCAACCAUCCCACCGUCCACCCGUCCCCUUCCCCUUUUGGCAACACACAUUAUGCAACGGUCCCACCGUCCACCCAUCCCCUUCCCCUUUUGGCAACACACAUUAUGCAACGGUCCCACCGUCCACCCGUCCCCUUCCCCUUUUGGUCAGACGCAUUAUGCAACCGUCCACCCGUCCCCUUCUUCUUUUGGUCACUGUGCCACAUGCCGAUCGUACGACCAGACAAGACUGGCUGCUGAGGGCUGCUCUGCUCACUUUAAUAAGUGAGGAGCAUAUAUCAAGAUCUGUUCUUUCCCCAUGAUGCUGUAUUCUCCUUCGGAAAGACCAUCGCGGAAAAAGAUAAUCCGCAUUGGUGCGGCCCUGCUGC